AUUUCCUGGCUUGGAGGCUGUCACGGUAACGCUAAGGUCAAGGGGAGAGAAGCAUGGCUGCGUUAUUUAGAAUGUCGCGGAACUUGCUGCAAAUGUGCAAUAAGCAUGCCGACAUAGCGAUGGCCUCCUCCAGGGCCUUGGCCUCCAAGACGCCAGUGGGCUUCAUCGGGCUGGGAAACAUGGGCAGCCCCAUGGCCAAGAACCUGCUGAAGCACGGCUACCCGAUCGUUGCCACAGAUGCCUUCCCUGAAUCUGGGAAGGAGCUGCAGGACCUGGGAGCACAGAUCGUGGACUCCCCUGCGGAGGUGGCCGACAAGACAGAUCGGAUCAUCACCAUGCUGCCCUCCAGCCCUAACGUGGUGGACGCGUACACGGGGGCCAAUGGCGUUCUUAAGAAGGUGAAGAAGGGCGCCCUCCUUAUCGACUCCAGCACCAUCGACCCAUCCGUUUCCAAGGAGAUGGCAGUUGCCGCAGAGAAGAUGGGAGCAGUGUUUAUGGACGCACCCGUGUCGGGGGGUGUGGGAGCGGCAAGCUUGGCCAAACUGACCUUCAUGGUGGGGGGACCAGAGGAGGAGUUUACCGCCGUCAAGGAGCUUCUGGGCUGCAUGGGGGCUAACGUGCUGUACUGCGGCCCAGUCGGCACUGGCCAGGCAGUCAAAAUUUGUAACAACAUGCUUCUGGCGAUAGGAAUGAUCGGAACUGCAGAGACCAUGAACCUGGGAAUCCGGCUAGGGCUUGACCCCAAGCUGCUGGCCCAGAUCCUCAACAUGAGCUCUGGACGCUGCUGGUCCAGUGAUGCUUACAACCCAGUCCCUGGCGUGAUGGAGGGCGUCCCCUCAGCGAACAACUACCAAGGGGGCUACAGCACCACGUUGAUGACGAAGGACCUGGGCUUGGCCCAAGACUCUGCGACGGACACCAAGACCGCCAUCCCGCUGGGCUCACUGGCUCAUGAGAUGUACCGAGUGAUGUGCACCCGCGGCUACGCCAGCAAGGACUUCUCCUCCGUCUUCCAGUUCCUGCGCGAAAAGGAGGGCCAAUAGUGUGAUGUGGCACCGCACUUUGCCUGUCCCGACCCCCCCGGUCCUCCACACACGGAAGAAGAUUAGGGGCUGUGCACCUGGGGGGACUUUGACAGACAACAAGACAGUAUUAAGAAUGGAGGGACGUAGAUAUAUAUUUUUUUGAGGCGUCACUUAUCCAUGAGUUCUUGCCCUCAAGAUGCGCGUGGCCUAGGUCCUGGUGAAAUGAGGUUCUUCGGUCUCGGUGUUGGGUAUUAUCUUGGCUAGUUGACCGUUAGUGAUGUGGUGACUGAGGCGACGACUCUAGUACCCACCAUGGACCUGAAGAUGGAGGUUCCUUUGGGUUGAUGUGGCUGUAGUGUGAGCCGCAGCCACCAGUGGUAUUGGCCCAUCUGUCCUCUUGUUUAAUCUCUACUUGCCAGUUUUUAUUUUAUCUUUGUUGCACUGUUGUAGUGUUUUUUUCCAUCCCCCAUCAUGUUCCUGUCCAGGUACACAGACCCCUUGUGUCUCGUUCUGGGGCUUGUUGCCAGUUUGUUAUGUGUGUUAACCUUGUGAUCUUCAUAAUCAGUCUUUUGUACCUACCUACCAACUCAUCUCUUAUUUAUCUGUUUCUUUCGAGUUCCCAUGGUCCCUUGGAAUCUCCUUCUCCUGCUUCCAUCCCAAAACUGUUUCAAGUCCCGGGAAUGAUCCUGAGGGCGAUUCCCUCAGCCAUUACAGACACAAGUUCAGCAAACGCCUGACUUUCUGAAUGGGGGCAAAGCCAUGACCUCUCAGAUUGCUUGGGAUUAAAACAUUUCCUUGUUUACACACAAUUAAUGUGGAUUCUGAAGACGCUUUUCACGUUUCCCCUCAUUUUCUUCUUCGUUAAGUGCAUCUUUCUGUUUACAUUCUUAAAUUUUAACUCUUUCUGGCUGUUACACAUCUUGAUUAUUACAAAUGGAUUUCAGCGUCAGUCUCUGAACCCUAGCUUUGUCUCUCUCGCUCUUUCUCUCUCUCAGAGACCAAUAAUACUGUGAAGUUUAUUAUUUUUUCACUGCCCUAGUAAAACACCUUGAGAGGGGCUUGGCUUUAACCCACUGCCUGUACCAGGGAUUCUGAUUGGUGGAAUUAGGAAGGGGAACCGGAACAUUACUGCUUAUCUUCCUCACAUUGCUCGUCGUCAUGUGGUCCCAUGGCCAUGCUGCUCUCUGUAAGGGAUUCUACAACAGGCUGUUUUUUCCAAUAAACACCGAUCCUCGGCCCGCUCCGGCAUUUUCCAUCUCC